AUGGGAGAGGAAGGGCACAACAAGCAGGUGAUAUUAAGGGACUAUGUUAGUGACUACCCGAAAGAAUCUGACCUAUAUAUAAGUACAAACACCAUUAAGCUUCAGGUUCCUCAAGGAUCAAAUGGGGUUUUGGUGAAGAAUCUGUACCUUUCUUGUGAUCCUGUCAUGCAAUUUCUAAUGAGGAAAGCGGAAUAUCGUAUGUCUGGCUAUCACUAUUACGUUCCUGGAUCUCCCAUAAAUGGAUUUGGUGUGGCCAAAGUUCUGGACUCGGGGAAUCCUAACUUCAGAGCUGGUGACUUGGUUUGGGGAACAACUGGUUGGGAAGAAUAUAGUGUCAUUCAAGAUCCAGAAAAGCUCUUCAAAAUCCAUCACACUGAAGUCCCUCUUUCCUACUACACUGGAAUACUUGGCAUGCCUGGUAUUACUGCAUAUUCUGGUAUCUUCGAAGUUGGUGCUGUAAAGAAAGGAGAAUGUGUCUUCAUCUCAGCAGCAUCUGGAGCUGUUGGUCAGUUGGCUGGACAAUUUGCCAAAUUGCUAGGUUGUUAUGUUGUUGGAAGUGCAGGUAGUCAAGAAAAGGUUGAUCUUCUAAAAAACAAGCUUGGGUUUGAUGAUGCUUUUAAUUACAAGGAAGAGCUUGACUUGAAUGCAGCCCUUAAAAGGUACUUUCCUGAAGGCAUUGACUUCUACUUUGAGCAAGUUGGGGGUAAAAUGCUUGAUGCAGUCCUCCUAAAUAUGAAGGUCUAUGGUCGUAUAGCUAUUUGUGGAAUGAUUUCACAGUACAACCUUCAUCAACUUGAAGCCCUUAAGAAUUUACUGCAAAUUGGAUUCAAGAGACUAAGUAUUAAAGGAUUUACACAUCGAGAUCACCAUCACCUCUAUCCCAAGAUCUUAGAGACUCUGCUGCCUUACAUAAGAGAAAAGAAAGUUGUCUAUGUUGAAGACAUUGUUGAAGGACUUGAGAAUGGACCUGCUGCUUUGGUUGGACUUUUCAGCGGUCGCAACUUUGGAAAACAAGUAGUUACAGUUUGUCACCAAUGA